UCAGCCACUAUGUCACUGUUAGGUGCAGUGUCACCAGGCUGCAGAGAGAAGAGGACCCUGGGAUCCAGAGGUACAUGGUGGGCAAGAAAAAAGAAGAAUCCCAGGAAGGUGGUGGGCUGGUGACCUUAUGAGUGGGGGAGAAAGGCUGCUUGGUGCUUAGAGAGCUAGAGGAAGCCCGGGCUCGAAGGGAAGCGGAUGAAGCUUGUCCAACCCCUGGAGACUUCAGCCAUGCCUCAUAGCUCUGACAGUAGUGACUCCAGCUUCAGCCGUUCGCCUCCACCCAGUAAUAAACAGGAUUCCUCAGAUGACGUGAGGAAAGUUCAGAGAAGGGAGAAAAACCGUAUUGCUGCUCAGAAGAGUCGACAAAGGCAGACACAGAAAGCAGACACAUUACAUUUGGAAAGCGAAGAUUUGGAAAAACAGAAUGCAGCUCUCCGCAAGGAGAUCAAGCAGUUGACGGAGGAAAUGAAGUAUUUCACCUCAGUGCUGAGCAGCCAUGAGCCACUGUGCUCUGUCUUGGCCACCACAUCCCCACCACCCCCUGAGAUGGUCUAUGGUACCCAUGCCUUCCACCAGCCGCAUGUCAGUUCCCCGAGAUUCCAGCCGUGAUCUCAACCACCAGGGGAAGAAUGUUAGAGACUUAGACAUUCAAUUGCAGAAAGAUUCCUCACUAGGAUUUCCAGUGGGAAAGUCCAGUGGGAAGACACAAAAUAAGGAAAAAGACUUGUACGAAA